AGCCAGACCGGUGACACAUUCUCAUGAUUCUGAGAAUCAGAGUGUUAAUUUUAUUUAUAGCGCACAUCUACAUCUAAUAAUAAUCUAGAGAUCUAGAUCUACAAAUAAGAUCAAUUAGGUUUGUAUGGGUAGUAGAAAAAGGUCAAUUUCUGUUAAAGAGAUGUUAUGAGAAGUUCACCACCAAGACAUUGUGGUUGUUUAGGACGGUUUAGGAUCCCCAAGAAAAAUGAAGUAGAGCAAAGACCUGAAUCACACAGGGAAACCACAAAAGACGGCUGUACCCUCUGCCAUUCACUUUUCAGGAAAAUUGAGCUGAGUAAAAAAACAAGAACAAUGAACACCCCCCAGAAUGUUUGUGGUAUGGUCGACUUUGAAGAGGUGAGUACGCCUCACGGAGAUACCCAGGGGAAGAAACUCAUCUUGGAGGCUGGGAGAAAAUCCCCAUUCUGUAGCACUCCCUGCACCACUAAGAUGUUCGGCAGAGCUGUGUCUCAACCGGUUGGCCCAGAGGAUUCAUUUGAUGAGGAUAAUCCCACCUCUUCCAAGAGAAAGACAUUCACGAACCUGAGGCGCCAGAAAAGGUCUAUCUAUGGCGUUAGCCCAGACUGCAGUUUUGGACCUAAAGCUUUCAUGUCCAACAUAUCAUCUGCGUGUUUAACUAUUCCAGACCCAAGUAAUCAGAAACUGUGUUGGACCAAGCCCCCACUGUCUGUGUUGAUCAUUCGCAAACAUUUUGAUGAGUCUGUGAUGAUACCCUUCAAACAGCUGGUCACAUGGCUAGUCAAGGAGAAGAACAUGGUUGUAUUUGUUGAACAGUCAGUUAUGGAGGACAGUAUAUUAAAAGACCAGUAUGACUUUCAGAUACUCAGGGACAAACUAAACUUAUUCAGGGAAAGUGAUGAUUUGACAGAUAAAGUAGAUUUCAUUAUAUGUCUAGGAGGGGACGGAACUCUACUAUAUGUAUCGUCAUUAUUUCAAGGCAGUGUACCCCCUGUGAUGGCAUUUAAUAUGGGUUCUCUUGGUUUCCUGACCCCCUUUCACUUCUCUGAGGAUUUCAAGGGUGAAGUCUCCAGAGUUAUGGAAGGUACGGCCUCUCUGCUGCUAAGAUACCGUCUAAAGUGUGUGGUUGUCAGCCAUGACACAGACCAUAUACCACAUGUGAAAAACAUAAACAAAGAAGAUUCGUGGACCAAAACUCACAAACUAGUCCUUAAUGAAGUCGUCAUUGACCGAGGCCCUUCAUCUUAUCUAUGUAAUCUAGAGCUUUAUAUUGAAGGCAAGAGGGUUACAUCAGUACAAGGAGAUGGUCUGAUCAUCUCCACCCCCACCGGCAGCACAGCCUACGCAGUGGCCGCUGGUGCAUCCAUGAUCCACCCCAGUGUUCCCUGCAUCAUGCUGACCCCCAUCUGUCCACACUCCCUGUCCUUCAGAACCCAUUGUUGUACCAGCAGGGGGUGGAGAUUAAG